CCCGCCCGCCCUCCCGAGACACGAGCCGAACUGGGCGUCAGGUCGGGAGCCGGUCCGGUUCCCGCUCCCCGCUCCCCGCUCCCCGUUCCCCGCUCCCAGUUCUCCGCCGCCGCCGCCUCCCGACCGCAGCACCCCUGUCUGUCGCGUCGCGCCGACCUAGAGCCUCGGCAGGGGCUGCACCGCCCCCCUCGCCGGCCUCGAGAGCCCACCCAGCGGUGCCGGGCGCCGGCAGCCGAGGGCGGGACCCCUGAUCUCCCCCCAGCUCUACCCCGAAGCCCCCGGGCCCGAACCGGAGCCCCCCGCCACCGACGCUGCGCCGAGGACCUUCGCCGCCCCCGGCCCCCGAGGAACAUGGACGCCGACUCGUGCGCCUCCGCCUUCCACCCCGAGGAAUACUCCCCCAGUUACAAGAGGCGGCGAACUGUGGAGGAUUUCAACAAGUUUUGUACCUUCGUCUUGGCAUAUGCUGGUUACAUCCCUUAUCCAACGGAGGAGCCUCCUCUGAGGAGCAGCCCGAGUCCCGCCAAUAGCACAGCCGGGACCAUCGACAGCGACAGCUGGGAUGCCAGCUUUGCCGACCUGCCCUCGUCUGUGGCCCUGCCGGUGGCCGACCGGUGCUUUGGCCACUUACAGCCCUCCCUUCUGCAGAGAGCCAAGCCCAGCAACUUCCUCAUGGACAGAAAGAAGACGGACAAGCUGAAGAAGAAGAAGAAGCGCAAGCGGAGGGAAGCAGCUGUGCCCCUGGAGGAGGAGUACAUGGGGGGCCUGCUGAAGCUGGAGCCGGCCGACGCCUAUGCCCAGAGGACGGUCAGCCCUGACCUGCAGGACCUCCCCACGGCCAGCAGCGAUCCCUGCUCCGGCUGGGAUUCUGACACCCGCUCCAGUGGCUCCUGUGCUGCGGCCACACCCGAGGAGGUCAAGGAGAUUCAGACAGAAGGGAAACGGACGGUCAUACGGCAGGGCAAGCAAGUGGUCUUCCGGGACGAAGACAGCACCGGGAAUGAUGAGGACAUCAUGGUGGAUUCAGAUGAUGAUUCCUGGGACCUCGUCACCUGUUUCUGCAUGAAACCCUUUGCCGGGCGACCCAUGAUUGAAUGUAACGAGUGCCACACCUGGAUUCACCUGUCCUGUGCAAAAAUCCGGAAAUCCAACGUUCCCGAAGUGUUUGUUUGCCAAAAGUGCCGGGACUCCAAGUUUGACAUCCGCCGCUCCAACCGCUCCCGGAUGGGCUCCCGGAAGCUCUUUCUGGACUGACUGGCGCGGGGCCUGACUUCAAAGGAAGGAUUGGAAGGGCUGGCGUUCUUUGGGGUCACUUUUUCUGAAUCUGAGCACAGAACUGUUAGCGAGCGUGUUGUAGCCCUCUUCGCCCUUCUGACAUCGAGGUGCCUAAGCAGAAGGACAGGUUGUCCAAGGUCCAUACAAACUGUACAUAGCCGGUGACGACGUAGAAUCUUUGUUGGCCAAAGCUGCUGCUGGGGUCCCACACUCCGCAGCCAGAGCAGGCUCGGCACCCGGGUGUUGAGCUCCAGAUGAGGGUAUGUGAUGGUUGUGAGUCUUUUCCCCCACUUUGGACUG